AUGUCAAAUGAAAGGCCCAGUUAUACCGUUUUGUAUCAUAUUUCUACAGGCUGUCCCUCUGGCUAUACUACAUACGGGGGUGCGUGCUUCAAGGCGUACGACCAAGACAAAACCUACAGCCAGGCCAGAGAGGUGUGUGCAGCGGACGGGGCGCUCCUGGCCAUGCCGAAGGGCAAAGACGUGGACAACUUCGUGAGAGAGCUGAAGAACGCCGUGAAUAAAAUCUCACAUUUCUGGUUUGGUCUAAAUGAUGGGAACAAUGAAGGUGAGUGGGUGUGGGAAGACGGGACUCCACACGACAUCAGUACCGACUGGAACCGCUGGCAGCCGGGAGAACCCAACGGUAACGACGGAGAAAACUGUGCGAACUACUAUGGAUCAGGGUGGAAUGACGCACCGUGCUCCUCUGCUUACAAGUUUAUCUGCCAGCUGAAUGAAGCAAUCAGCUGCUCUCUGGGACAUUUCCGCUGUGGACACGGACUUGCCUGUAUCCUAUCCUGGAAGCGUUGUGACGGGAUCGCAGACUGCACGGACAGGAGCGAUGAGGAGGGCUGUG